AUGGAAGUGAAUGGUGAACCAGAUAUAGCUGGUAUUUUCAGCGCGGCUUUAAUGCCAUUGAAAGAUAUGAAAGAUGCAGAUAUUUUGGACCAGUAUGAAAUGAACAUGGCUGAUGGAAAUAUAACACCUGACGUUCUAGAUUUAUCUCAAAGAACUACACAGAACCAUAGAGAUGGUAUAUUUGGUGAAGAGUUUAGAAAGAAAGUUAGGGAGGGAGAAGGAAGAGAACCUAUUGUACAUGACCUUGCAAACGAAAGUUUACAAAAUGUCAUAAAAACUUACUUUGCAGACAAUGAACCGAGAAGGGAUGAAUAUUUAAGAAAACUCAAAUGGACAGUACCAAAUGAAAUGUUAGUAUUGAAAAACAUGUUCCUUGACAAAAUAAAACCAACUACAGAAAUAAAUGACGCAAGACUGAAACAUUGGGUAAAAGCUUUCCCAUUCACAAAAGAUAUUAUUGGUAACAUGGAAAGAAAACCAGAAUGGCUACAAAAACAUAUAUUUGGAAACGAGCUUAUUCCAUAUGGACAAGCUAUAUUUGAAGAGCUUGAACCGGAAACUCAGGAAAGAGUCAUGCAAACAAUACGCGAAGACUCAAAUACAAACUAUGACAAAAUCUUUCUAGGAUAUAGGUUACCUGAGAUGGGCGACCAGAGCCCAAAGGCAAAAAGGACAUGGAAAAUUUACAACAUACUCGGUGAACAUGAGGCAAAGAUGCAACAACUUGAAGCAGAGGGCAAGUUACCAAAAGCGACACCAAAGAAGAAGAGUAGAACAAAGUAA